AUGUUCGCUAUAACAGAGCGAUCCUCUCCAGCUCUGCCAAUUGAGCUGCUAGAGGUCGUAGUGGAUGAGCUGGGAUCACAGGAGGAUCAGGAGAGUCUACGAUGCUGUGCUCUAGCACACAGCGUCCUGCGCAAGAGGUGUCAGCAGCACCUGUUUUCGUCCAUUGUCCUCAUGGUACCGCCAUUCUCUCUCACGCGGAAAACCCCCUGCCAGCGUUUGCUCGACAUCUUGCGCCGCUCGGGUCAUCUGGCGGACUAUAUCAACUCCAUUCGCGUCGAAAAGUCCUCACCGACGCUCUUCCCAAGCGAUGACCCUCAGGCUGUACCGUGCGGCGUAGCUGGCGAGACCGCGCUCUUGCAGCUCCUGCCGAUGCACGGGAAAGUGCGGAUCGUCGAGUUCAGGUCGAAAAGGUACUCCUCCCCAAAUCCUGACGAUUGCAACUCCCUGGCCUCACUUUGCCUGCCAUCCGUAGAGGCUCUGAUAUUGUGGGAUGUCAACUUGUCGCUGGCCCAAUCCAAUGACUCAGCAACGGUACCUCUGGUAUCGCCGAGGAUACAAGAACUUGAAGUACAGGGCCCUUCCGCUUCGUUCUUCAUCGACUUCCUGGACCUUCUUCGAACACUCAACUCUCCCGCCUUCGGUAAUCUCACAACACUGAGGAUAUGUCGCCUCGGCUGCACGUUCUCGCAUAUCAUCUCGAUGAUUCAUCGCUGCAAGCAUAGUCUGGAGAGGCUGGAGAUAGCCAACCCAAUGGAACGGGAUACGGGCAUGCUAGACCUUUCUCAGAUUCCACGAUUGCAGCACUUGUCCAUUAUCUCGGUAUGGAUCGAGAACAUGGCCGACGUGUCGUCACGAUUCCUCCGCAUGCUUCGGACCAUCCGUUCGCUCUCGCGGCUUACUAUCGCAUUCCUACACAACUGGGACGAUGUCUUUACGCAUAAUCCGCACGAGUGGGCGAAUCUCGACGAAGUAUUCGGCUGCGCGGAUAGACAUAUCGGGCAUGUCUCUCUCUAUGUGAAUUACCCCAAGGCGCCUCGUGCUGUGGUGGAUCGCACAUUGGUGAAGAGCUUACUUCCACGUCUGCAUGGACGCUUAGGGGAUAAGUUGGUCGUUGUGAGCGGCAUGUGGGAGCAUGGCUAUCUGUCGUAG